AUGUCACAAGUUACCAUGAUACACAACAGUCCAGCCACGGCCGCCAUGUUGGAUUAUACUCUAAUCUACGUCCUCGACGACAUGACAGAGAAUGGGCCAAGUUAUCUAAGCCGAGACUACAAUCUACAGCACUACAAAGAACACAUGGACCACCUCGAAACAGCAUCAAAACUGGCCCUUCUUAGAGAAUGCUUAUGCGCGCGACCACCCGUGCCACUUCUUCCAGAGAACAUCAUGCAUAACAUCGAAUUGAUCCUCAUGCGCGUGAGAGACCACAAACUAUUCACCCCACUAUCUUCACUCUCUCUAUCACAAACCAUCAAACAUGACGCGUCAAGACAUACAAAUAUACAUCUCUGGAAAGGCGACAUAGCAACACUCACCGGUAUCACCGCCAUCACAAACGCAGCAAACAGCCAAGGCCUUGGAUGUUUCCAACCUACCCAUCGAUGUAUAGAUAACAUCAUCCAUACCGAAGCAGGACCGCGGCUCAGAGAAGAAUGUUUCUGGCUGAUGAAAAAAAGGUCAAAGGACCUCGAGCCUGGAGAUUUACUUGUUACUGGGGGCCAUGCGCUUCAUGCCUCUUCGGUUAUACAUACUGUUGGCCCACAGCUAAAGCGCGGUGCUUCGCCUACUGAUUUGGAAAGGUCUCAACUUGCAAAAUGCUACAAAGGUAUCCUUGAUGCCGUGGAGCUUCUGCCGCCUGGCGAAGAUGGUAGGAAAUCAGUUGCGCUUUGCUGCAUCUCAACUGGUCUUUUCGCGUUUCCAGCCGAUGAAGCUGCCAAGAUUGCGGUGUCAACUGUCACGGCGUGGUUGGAAAGCCAUUCAUCCACCACAAUCACAGAUGUUGUCUUUAACACAUUCACGGAAUCCGACACCAAAAUAUACACUGCAAUUCUUGGUUCUCAUUCGACACGAAUCACUCCUCCCAUAACAAGCUCGGCGGAAGGUUCUCUCCAAGUUGCGCAAGACUGGCUUGGCUCAGCUGAUGCCAUCCUAGUCACCGCUGGAGCAGGAUUGUCAGCAGCAGAAGGAUUGGACUACCACUCAAGAGAUCUAUUCAAAAAGCACUUCCCUGGCUUCCUCAAAUUCGGCUUAAUAUCUCUUUAUAGUGUGUUUGGGUACAAUGAAUGGCCAUCUGAGGAAUACCGAUGGGGCUAUUACUUUACCCACUUGAACAUGAUAUCAAACUGGUCAAACACGCCCACAUAUCAAGCUUUGAUACCAUGGUUGAAGGAUUUUGGAUCCGAUGCGUUUGUUAGAACAUCAAAUGCAGAUGGGCUCUUCCUUGCAAAUGGAUGGUCGGAAGGGCAGCUUUCUACACCUCAAGGUUCAUAUGCGUAUUUACAAUGUCUAAACAACUGCAGAAACGAUGCUGUGGUGCCUUCUACGCCUCUAGUAGCUGAAGCGCUGCCAUUCAUCGACCCCGACAGCCAAAAACUGACUGAUUCGAGUAAAAUCCCCAUCUGCAGAUUUUGCGGAUCAGAGAUGAGUAUUUGCGUCCGCGCAGGAUCAUGGUUCAAUCAAACGCCAUACAAAAACGGUGAAGCACAGUGGAAAGCUUGGAAAUCUAGAAUCACGAAAGAAAAGAAGAAAUUGGUGAUUCUGGAACUCGGUGUUGGAAUGAACACGCCUGGUGUUUUGAGAUGGCCGAAUGAAGAUCUUGUGGAGAGAAGUCAAGGGUUGGUGAAAUUAAUACGCGUCGGGAUUGGAGCCGAAGCGAUGGUGCCCUGGGAGCAGGAAGAUGGUGGGCUGAGUACAUUUAUCCAGGGCGAUAUUCAGCGCGUUGUACCACUGUUGUUGGAUGAUGUGCGGAAGUAG